UGGGUUAUCAUUCCCCUUCUCAGUAGUGCAGUGGCUCAGUUUAAAAAGUACAAAUCACCCAGAAUGAAGAGAUACCUGAUGGUUCAGAUGGGUGAAGAGUAUUACCAUGCUAGAGAUUACAGUAAAGCUUUAUUGUUGUUGGGAAAAGUCACCUGGGAUUACCGCAGAGAAAAAUGGUGGUCACUUCUUACGUCAGUUUUAAUCACAUCACUGAGGUGUGCGUACUUGGUUGGCAAUGUGGAGGAAUAUAUCACCCUUUCGCUUGAAUUGACAGGAAGAUGUAUCCUUGAAAAUGCUGCCUAUCAUUUGAAUAACUGACUGUAGUAUUUUUUUCUGGGUGAAGUGAUUCUUUCAGUUAGAGUUAUUUUCAAUGCAAAGUGAUGUGGGAUUGCAUUGGUGUAACUUAGCUUCGUUAUGUUAUUGGUCAAGAAAACUCGCGCCAUUUUCUCAACCAAUUAGAUGCAAAACUAAAACCAACCACGACUUGGUCUUUCGCGUUUUCCCGCGCUUCA